AUGGCUGCCUGGAACACUCGUGGGUUCAACAGCCCUGACAAAACCCUGUGUUGUAAGAAUUUGGUCAAUAAAUUCAAUCUUGACAUGCUGUUUAUUCUGGAAACCAGAAUCUCACCCACCAACUCCUCUAAUAGUUGGUUUCUUUCUAAUCAUCACGUUUUCUCCCAAGAAGGUUCUUUUGAUAACUUUGCCUAUGCCUCCCCGGGUAGGAUCUGGCUCAAAUGGAACACAAACACCGUCAGUUUUAAGCCUCUUUUUACUUCUAGUCAACUGGUUCAUGGGAUGGUGUCUACAAACAGUAAUGAGCACUUCUACAUUUUUGUGGUUUAUGCCUCCAAUAAUUUGGAGGAAAGGAGAAAUCUUUGGAAUGAUAUUUUAGAAAUUUCCUCUUCUAUCUCUUUACCUUGGCUCAUUCUUGGUUAUUUUAACUGUUGUAGAUUUAGCCAUGAUAAAGCUGGUCGCUCUCUGCUUCACGAUAAUAAGCUCUUGGAUUUUCAAAACCUUAUUUACCAUAUUGAAGCUCAUGAACUUUCUUCGGUGGGGCAUUUCCUUACUUGGUUCAAUCAUAGAACCGAUAAUCCCAUUCAUAUCAAGUUAGAUAGGAUGUUGGUUAAUGAUGAUUGGCUGGGGAGUUACCCUAACUCCUUUUUUGUUGUGGAUGACCCUUAUAUUUCUGACCACUCUCCCAUUGUUUUGCAACAGGGUGUUGACCUUCAUCUGAAACAUAGGUUUCAGUUCAAAAACUAUUGGGUUUCUAAACCAGAAUUUUGGGAUGAUCUCAUUUCUAUUUUCUCUCAAAAGUUUCACAGCAGUCCUAUUCACUCUUUUUACAAUAAGCUCAAGACGUUGAAGCUUAAGAUCAAAGCUAAGAGCUGGGCUUCUUCCACAUCUAUGUAUAAAGAAAUCUAUGAACUUAAUCUCAGCCAAAAUACCAUUAUUUUCCAACUCCAGGCUUCCCCCCUUGAUCCCGAUCUCAACCUGGCUUUAAAGAAUACUAACCAGAAGCUUUAUGUUAGAAAUGCAGAUUGGGCUGAUUGGAUUAUACAACGUGCUAAAGCAAAAUGGAUGUCUUGUGGUGAGGAUCUCAAAUUUCUAUAUUCCAGGAACAAUGUGAGGCAUAACUCUAACCUGAUUAAAGUCAUUUCCACUGCCAAUGGGACUUUCAAUAGCCACAAUGAGAUCUCCAAUGCUAUUGUUCAACAUUUCCAAAAGCUUUUUAACACCCCUCCCCCUCCUUCGAAUCAAAGCCGGGAUGCUCCAAUCCUCCACAAACUUCCUCACACCCUUGUACCCAAACUUGUUGCCCCUAUUUCUGUGGAAGAGAUUAAGAAUGUCAUUUUCUCCUCCCCCAACCAUUCGAUUUCUGGUCCUGAUGGCUAUACCUUUUAA